UAAAAUACAAAAAUGUAUAAAUGAAUACGUAAUAACCUUGGAUCACAACAAAAUCCAUAAACUCGAUUUGGAAAUAAUUAAGGGACUUAUAAAACUGGCUACACUGGAUUUAAGAUACAAUCUGAUAAGAAACAUUCCACCUGGGAUAUUCGAUUCAUUAACGUCGUUGAGUUAUUUAACGUUGAACGACAAUCAAAUAAGUAAUUUGAAAAAUGGUGCAUUUGCAAACCUUUCGAAGCUUCAGACAUUAUCAUUGGGUAAAAAUAAAAUUGAAAACAUCGAGACUGGGGUUUUUAAUAACUUAACGAGUUUGUGGGGCUUAUACUUGGGUUCCAACAAAAUUCAUAAGCUCGAUUCGUUAAUGUUUAUGGGACUGAAUUUACUGGAUUUAAGCCACAAUAUGAUAAGAAACAUUCCACCUGGGAUAUUCGAUUCAUUAACGUCGUUGAGUAUUUUAUACCUUGACCAUAACCCGUUGACGUGCGAUUGCAAUAUUCUGUUGUUUGUAAACGCACUGAAGAAAAAUCACCCCCAGCUAGAUGUAUUCGAGAAUUUCGAACCGUCGUGCCAUUUUCCAGUAGAAAUGAGAGAAAAAUCGUUGAAAGAAUUAACCGAAAACGAUUUUCAUUGCACGCCUCCGGAUGUAAUCGUGGUACCAGAGAACAAGACGGUGUUCGUCGGUGAAGAGUUACAACUCUCGUGCAAAGCCGUAGGAGACCCGGAACCUUUGAUAACGUGGGCCAAAGACGACAUUUAUCUAGAACUUGGCCAAAGAGUUCAGGUAAGAUUAUUUCAAGGUAUACGGUAAUUGAUCUUUCGGGCAAACCCAGUUAAAAAUCAGGUUAUAUAUAAUUGUGCACUGUUGUUAAAAAAUAUUCUAUUAAUUAUUUACUUUAUAUUCAUUGCAUUAAAUCAAACGUUUUAGGAAUAAUUUUCCCAAUAACUUAGCAUCCCUAAAAAAAUUCUAUCUUAUGCAACUAUGCUCCUGCUCAUAAACCCAUAUAGAAUCUAGGACUAAAUAAAACCCCCAAAAUCUCACCCGACGUGUUUAAAUUUAAAAAAAAAAAUUACUUAGCACUAAUAAUA